UUCAAGCAAACAAACUUGUUGCCAACGUCGAUUCGACACUUUUUUGACCAGACACCAGUGCAGACAAGACCGCUGAGUCCCAGAGCCCACACCGCGCCGCCAAACAAUCAACUACCGACCAGCCAAGUCGCAAGCCAGCAAGCUCCCGGCCAUAUCCGACAGACAUCAGACACCAAGUUACUAUCAACUUAUCAACACAGCACCCACCAUGAACGCCAAGCCCUUAGUACUGUGCACCGUCGUGGUAGUUGCCCUUUCCCUGCUGCACUUCGGGGAUGCCCUGCCCUCCAUCGGUCACUAUGGCAAGCGUUUUGAUGCGAUGGGCGGCAUUGAUUUCAUUCAGGUGUGUCUCAACAACUGCGUCCAGUGCAAGACCAUGCUCGGCGACUACUUCCAGGGCCAGACCUGUGCGCUCUCCUGCCUCAAAUUCAAAGGCAAAGCCAUACCAGACUGUGAGGACAUCGCCUCAAUAGCUCCGUUCCUUAAUGCUCUCGAGUAGAGCCGGAGAGGCAUCUCUUAGCCCAGUGUGUGCUCCUGCGUGUGUGUGUGUAAUUUUAUGGCCUCUGACUCAGAUGCGGAUUUGGGUCAAUGCGCUGCUAAACACGAAACGAUCAUGGCUGCUGAUUUCGACUCGACCACAACGAUUAUGAAACUGACUUUUGCAAAAAACAAACAACUAAACCUCCAGCACGUAACCAAAGAGUUCCUAUUAAUU